AUGAGCCCCGUCAGGAGCAAUGAAUGCGUUGGCAUGGAACUGCCGGGGGUGGGGAACCCCCGGACAGUUCGUGACCUCGCUGCCCUAGUGCAAUCAUAUAACCCCAAACUGGUGUUCCUUUCAGAAACUAGACAGAGCGAGGAACAUAUGCAGAGCCUAAGGUGGCACCUAGGACUGAAAGCCUACCUCGUCAGGAGCUGUGUGGGCCGUAGCGGUGGUAUAGCUCUUUUCUGGGAUGAGUCCCUAGCUGUGAACCUGAUCACAAUCUCUAAUAAGGUGAUCGAUGUUUCUGUCCAAGAGGACUCGGUGUCACCACCCUGGAGAAUAUCAUUCUUCUAUGGGGAGCCAAGAGUUGAGGACAGAUAUUUAACAUGGGAGUUUAUGAAGAGAAUCAAAUCCCGGUCUGAUAAACCAUGGAUUAUGGUGGGUGAUUUUAAUGAAACCAUGUGGCAAUUUGAGCACUUCUCUAGCACGAAAAGGGGAGAAAGACAGAUGGAGGCGUUCAGAGAGGCACUUGAGUUCUGUGGGAUGCACGACCUGGGUUUUGUUGGAUUGCCGUGGACAUUUGACAAUAAACAAUUCGGUCGUCGAAACGUGCGGGUGCGUCUGGACAGAGCCGUGGCCGAUGAUAAUUGGUCCAACCUGUUCGGUCAAGCAUCCGUGGAACACCUUGUAUCACCGUGCUCCGAUCACUGCCUGAUUUUGCUGAGGCUUGCGCCAGCUGAUGCGCAAAGAGUGAAACCGAAGAUUUUGCGAUAUGAGAUUAUGUGGGAGAGGGAGCAAUCCCUCGAAGAUGUCAUUAUGGAGGCAUGGGAUAGCGGGCCAGCAAAAACUUUUUUGGCUUCCUUUGCUUCAGCACUCAAGGGAGUCAUGCAGUCACUUCACAGUUGGAGCCGGGAGAAUUUCGGGUCUGUUCGUCGAAAGUUGGAAGAACUCAGGACCCGACUUGCUGAACUGAAUGGCAAGAUGGACGAUGAUAGCAGAGCUGAGGCGAGAAGAAUGGCCGCGGUGAUGGAUGAAAUGCUAUAUAGGGAGGAAAUGAUGUGGCUCCAACGGUCCCGUAUUUCAUGA